GCGAUCGGACCGUGUCCAACCAGUUUGGAGUGGCUGAGAGCCAAACAAAAAAUCAGAUAAAUAACCACAGCCAGCAGGCGCAGCUCAAACAGUUGAUUUUAGCAAUUCGGACAAAUAAGAUAUUCAGUGGAGAAGUAAAACCAAAAAUUGAAAUGAAAUUCCUGAUAAUUGUGUUUGUGGCCCUGCUAGCCCUUGCAUCAGCUCAGCUUGGGCUCUUUGGAGGAUUGAUUCGGGAUAUUGAGCGAUUUGAACAGGGUCAGCAGCAGCAACAGCAGCAGAGCGGAGGAGGUCAGCAGCAGCAGCAGCAGGAAGAGGGGGUCAUCUUCAGAGGUCCCUUCGGCGGCGGAGUGGAGUUCUUCCAGGAGCAGCAGCAGCAGCAGCAAGGUGGCAGAGGUCAGCAGCAACAGCAGCAGCAGGAAAAUCUAUUCAAUUUCUUUGGUUAAUACUGCAUCAUAAGGAAAACUAGCCAAAGACUGACCAGCAUCUCCAGAUUUCAAAGGGAAGCCAACCCAAAAAGCCGUGAUCCAAAAGAUACGCAUUAAGAAAUAAACCAAAUGAAAAAUAUAAUAUUGUGUUCCUCAGUUGAACAUUUUUUUUGUUCUAGUAAAUAUAGUUAUAAAGCUCUUCUAA